CAGGAAGGGUGGAGCUUCUAUAUUCUCCAGAACGUCCAUGAAGCUCCAGUCAGAGGGCGAGUCCAUCUCAUCCAAGUGUCUUCCAGGGCCCACCACGGCCCCACGAUCCAGCAACCCACCCCAUAACCCAACACCCCCUUGUGCACCAACAGAAAUCCACUGAAACAGGACAGUCUAGGGGGUCCUCACUGGGUUACAAGGACAAGCAUGGCUGACAAACUGGGACUGGCAGGUGUGGCGGACGAGCCCAGCGCCCUGAACAUCUUCACUCUGUUGGAGAGGGUGUCCGGGAUCAUAGACAAUGUGCAGGCGUGCCAGCAACGCAUGGAGGAGAGGCAGCUGGAGCUGGAGAACACCGUGAAGACCAUCCAGGCAGAUGUGGUGAAGUUGACGAAGGAGCACACCAUGACGAGUAGCACCGUGGAGAAACUUCUAGAGAAAACACGCAAGGUCAGCUGCCACGUCAAGGACGUUCGUGUGCGGGUGGAGAGGCAGAACAUACGUGUCAAGAAAGUGGAGGAAACCCAAGUCGAGCUGCUGAACAAGAACAAGUUCCGUGUCGUCAUCUACCAGGGAGAUAAUGAGGUCCCAGCUGUGCCUGCUUCUAAAGCAUCUCCUAAGGGAGCAACAGGCAGAGAUGCUUCCUUAGACCCUGAUGCCCCAGAGGUCCUGCUUCCAGACUCAGAUGAGGAAUACAUGGUCGUUGAGGAGGCGGACUCAUCUACUGCUGCCAAACUAAAGAAGACCGGCCUGAAGCGCAUCGAAAGCCUGAAGCAGACCUUCUCCCGAGAGAACAUGACUAAGACCAAAGAGAAUUUGGGCACCAAGGUCAACAAGCUGGGUGAGCGCAUAGUUUCGACAGAACGGCGUGAGAAAAUCCGCCAGUCCGGGGAACGGCUGAAACAGUCUGGCGAGCGUUUCAAGGAAUCCAUCACAAAAAAUGUGCCGGCAAAACUCAACCUGAAGAAGGAAAGGACGGUGGCUGAAGGUCAGGAAGGAGCAGAAGGGACCACGGAAGGAACGGCACCCGUCCCACCACCGAAGGGCCGCAAGGCCAGCCCUGGUGUGGCCUACACUGAGCCAACGGAGAAACAAGAAGUUCCAGAUGAGGGCAAGGGCGAGGAAUCAGAAGUGCCGAUGUAUGAUAUGAAGCAGCUUUCUUAAGCGGCAUGUCUUGACAGUCACAUUUGGGAAAGACUCAUGUACAGAUAUGAAUUUGAUUACGGAGAACUUGAAGGUGGAAAGAUUGAGAAGAAGAGAGAUAAGUGGAUUGUUCUAACGACAACUGAAUGAAUGAAUUAAGGAAGUUGUACAUUACAAAAAGUAUCCUAGAGUUUUUUUUUCUUGUUUACAUCUGUUAUGGACUAUGAAGGAUUAUAAAUGUUAAACUAAUGUACCGAGAUGACUAGGCUAUAGUUUUUAAUUUAAAUUCAGACAGAAACAUGGUGCACAUGGUAGCAUAGUAGACCCACUUCAUGUGGAAACAGAUUCUUCUGAGACACUGAUGUCUCUAUUCAUUCUUAAGGGGUAACAUUUCAUGAGGAAAAUGACUGAUAGAACCUUUUAUGGAUUGACAUUAUUUAAUAGAUGUGUGUAAAAUUAUUUAAAUACAUUUCUUUGAAUUGCUGAAUUUACAAAUACAGAGAAGCAGAGUUUGGACUUUCUCUGUAGAACUUUAAAUAUAUUCUGGUGCCAGCUGACGUCCAGCAAGUCAACAGUGGAUGAGUUAAGAAUGAACUUUUUCAGUUUAGAUGUUGUAGUGGUUUUUGGAAUAAAAAGUAACUGUGCAGACAAGUCAUUUAUAAACAAUAUUUGUCUGUGCCUUUCUUUGUAAACUCUGUUAAACAACCUGUGAGCCACCAUUCAGUUGUGGUAUUUUUAAAUAAACAUAUUAACUCAA